AACAAUUAAUGUUGAAGUAAGCAUUCAUCAACACGUGUGCUCUUUAACUGCCGUUACAAAUCUUCAAUCUCCUCCCCAAAUUCACUCCCUACUAAAGCUUUAAAGCUCAAAUUACAACAAUUAGCUGCAAAAUUUUAACUCAACAAGCUUCAAUUCAAUGGCUUUCUCUUCAAUUUUCACUUCCCCUUUGCCCUCAUUAUCAAUUUCUUAUGCAAGAAAUCGCCCUAAUUUUUCCCCUUCUAUGGCUCUUCACUCAAUUUCCAGCAAUCUCGGAUUUGCGUCUCUAAAUUCAUCGUUUUUCCAAGAUGGGUUUUCUCUAAAAUCAUUGAAUUUUAAUGGGGUUUCUGUAAAAUCGCAGAAUUCUAUUUCUUCUGGAGUUUAUGCUAGAGCUGCUACUGAACAAACCAUCCAUGAUUAUACUGUGAAGGACAUUGAUGGAAAUGAUGUAGCUCUUAGCAAAUUCAAGGGGAGGGUUCUCUUAUGUGUCAAUGUUGCUUCAAAGUGUGGUUUGACAUCAUCAAACUAUUCAGAACUCUCACACCUGUACGAGAAGUACAAGACUCAGGGCUUUGAGAUUCUAGCAUUCCCGUGUAAUCAAUUUGGAGGCCAAGAACCUGGCUCAAAUCCCGAGAUUAAAAAUUUUGCAUGUACAAGGUUCAAAGCUGAAUUCCCCAUUUUUGACAAGGUAGAUGUGAAUGGUCCUAACACAGCGCCAGUUUACCAGUUUCUCAAGUCAAGUGCUGGUGGGUUUUUUGGUGAUUUGAUCAAGUGGAAUUUUGAGAAGUUUCUGGUGGAUAAAAAUGGCAAGGUUGUAGAGCGAUACCCACCUACAACAUCCCCUAUCCAAAUCGAGAAGGACAUUCAGAAGCUGCUGGCUGCAUAAAUCUUCAUUACUUAUAUGCACCUAUAAGAGAAGAUAAGCGCGGUAUUGUUUCAUCACUGCAGGAUACAUCAUUUUUUUUCCUCUUUAUACUAUUUCUCUUCGAGGGAAUGAUUGUACGAACAUGAAAUGCAAUCCUGAUACUUAACUGCUUUAUCUUGUUUGUGGAUUAGCCAUAGUUAGCUCACAAUAAGGGCAUGGAAUUACUAUCCUAUGACGCUGUAAAUAGUUUUUCUUUCUCCCACAUGUCAAUAUGAGUGAAAUCGAACCACUCCAAACGAAAACCAAAUUUGAAUGCAGAGGAGAGACUCAUGUAGUCUUAUUUAUACCUGA